CUAAAAACAAAAUAACUCCUUCCGACGCCAAACCCUCUUUAUUUUCUUUCUCUUUUUCACAAUGAACUGCUCAUCUCUCGUACACGACCCCAGCCCAGUCGCCACCUGCAGAUGGGGCUAUCGGAGCCGCAAUCUCCACUUCCAACACCAUCACCCCAACUUCGUUGUCUGCUCCUUGAAGCCUGCCGCCUCCUCUUCUUUGAGCGUGUCUGAGUCAGCCGCUCCCAAGUCCGUGAGUCGAAUCGGGUCGCUGAGUCAGGUAUCCGGCGUGUUGGGUUCUCAGUGGGGUGAUGAAGGCAAAGGCAAGCUUGUCGAUAUCUUGGCUGAGCACUUUGACAUUGUUGCACGCUGCCAGGGUGGAGCUAAUGCUGGACAUACAAUCUACAAUUCGGAGGGAAAGAAGUUUGCCCUUCACCUUGUUCCUUCUGGCAUCCUUAACGAGGAGACUCUGUGUGUGAUUGGAAAUGGAGUAGUGGUACAUUUGCCAGGUCUAUUUAAAGAAAUCGAUGGGUUGGAAGCUAAUGGGGUUAACUGCAAAGGAAGGAUCUUGGUAUCUGAUCGUGCUCAUCUGCUAUUUGAUUUUCAUCAAGUAGUUGAUGGGCUAAGGGAAGCUGAGCUUAACAAGUCAUUUAUUGGCACAACUAGAAGAGGGAUUGGACCUUGUUACUCUAGCAAGAUGAACAGGAAUGGAAUUAGAGUAAGUGACUUGAGGCACAUGGAUACUUUCCCCCAGAAGCUUCAUAAUUUAUUAUCUGAUGCGAAUUCAAGGUUCCCAGAUUUUAACUAUACCCCAGAAAUGCUUAGGGAAGAGGUUGAAAAUUACAAGAGAUAUGCUGAGAGGUUGGAGCCUUUCAUUGCUGAUACUGUGCAUGUGAUGAAUGAAUCAAUUGCAGAAAACAAGAAGAUAUUGGUGGAAGGUGGCCAGGCUACCAUGCUCGACAUUGAUUUUGGUACUUAUCCCUUCGUAACGUCCUCAAGCCCAUCAGCUGGUGGAAUCUGCACUGGGCUUGGUAUUGGUCCUAGAGUUGUGGGUGAUCUAAUUGGAGUUGUGAAAGCAUAUACCACAAGAGUUGGUUCUGGUCCUUUCCCAACCGAAAUCCUGGGUCAAGGCGGUGAUAUACUCAGGUUUGCCGGGCAGGAAUUUGGCACCACAACUGGCCGCCCUCGUCGGUGUGGUUGGCUUGAUAUAGUUGCUCUUAAGUUCUGUUGUCAGAUUAAUGGCUUUUCUUCCCUAAAUCUCACCAAAUUGGAUGUUUUGUCCGAGCUUCCUGAAAUCGAAUUGGGUGUUGGUUAUAAACAAGUUGAUGGUACACCAGUGCAUUCAUUCCCAGCUGAUCUUCAGCUUCUUGAGCAGUUGAAGGUUGAAUACGAAGUUUUGCCUGGAUGGCAGUCUGAUAUUUCUUCUAUCAGAAACUAUUCGGAUCUUCCAAAAGCUGCACGACAAUAUGUUGAGAGGAUAGAGGAACUUGUUGGUGUGCCUAUCCAUUACAUCGGCAUCGGACCUGGUCGUGAUGCUCUCAUAUACAAAUAAUUGACCAUUUUUCGUACUCGUGCUAUUGCUAGUUGAUUUUAUAUUUCCUGCACGCAGGCAGAACAAUACUCGUAGUGCUGGAAAGAAUUUUAAAUGGUGGGGCAACUUUUGGGACGAAAAACUAGGUGAAUACAUAAAUGUGUUGUAACAUAACACAUAUUCGACAUAUGCAGGAUACUUUGGAAUGGGUGAUUUCGAUCUCUGUAA